AUGCUCCCGGGAGAGAUCUGGCGGGAAACGCGGCGGCAAGUCAUGGAGGGCGGUGAAGGCGAUGGCGAGGGAUGGCAAGGCAGCUGGGACCGCGUGGCUCCCGAGCGAAACAACGGGGUGACCCAGCGGGGAGAGCGAGUCCCACUGGUCUCGUUUCAUCCGCAACGGAUGUCGGACAUCACAGGUGAUGGUGGAGUGUUGAAGGAGAUUCUCCAUGAUGGCUCCGGUGAAAGAGUUCCUCCUGGUGCAGCUGUGCUAAUUAAGUUUUCAGGCUAUUUAGAACACAUGGACAGACCUUUCGACUAUUCUUGGAAGGAUCCCAAACUCAUGAAACUUGGCCAAGACAUUACUCUCUGGGGUAUGGAGCUUGGGCUUCUGACCAUGAAGAAAGAGGAGGUGGCCCGGUUCCUCUUCAGGCCAGAUUAUGCUUAUGGAAGACUGGGCUGCCCUCCCCUAAUCCCUCCCGAUGCCACAGUGAUGUUUGAGAUUGAGCUUUUGGACUUUGUGGACUGUUCAGAAUGGGACCAGUAUGUCGACCUGACCCCUGAGCAACAAGACAGUCUUCCACUUGAGAAAGUGCUAAAGAUAGCAGAAACAGCACGUGGAUUGGGAAAUUACCUCUUCCGCCAGGGACAUUUUGUAGAUGCUAAGGAAAGAUACAAGCAGGCCUACUCAAUUUUAAAACAUGUGAGUGCAGAGGAGGACGAACUAAGCAAAGUGAAUGAUGCCAAGCUCCUGGUCUUCCUGAAUUUAUCAGUCACUUACUUAAAACUGGAUUGUCCAGCCCGGGCCCUCACCUUUGGAGAGAUGGCUUUAAAGCUAGAUACGAAGAAUGUCAAAGCCCUCUUCAGGUGUGGUCAGGCAUGCCGCUCUCUGGCAGAAUAUGACAGGGCUCGGGAUUUUCUGAUCCAAGCUCAGAAGGUGCAGCCCUUCAACCGUGAUAUUAACAAUGAGUUGAAGAAGCUGGCCAGCUGUUAUGGAGAUUACAACCUGAAGCAGAAGGAAAUGUACUGCAAGAUGUUUGCAUCUCUCAAUUCUCUUUCAGUAGAAGAAGGCUCAAAGGCAUGCCGCUCUCUGGCAGAAUAUGACAGGGCUCGGGAUUUUCUGAUCCAAGCUCAGAAGGUGCAGCCCUUCAACCGUGAUAUUAACAAUGAGUUGAAGAAGCUGGCCAGGUGA